AUGGUCGCGAUGAAGGUUCGUGACGUGCCAAAUCGACUCGUCAUCGGUCCCGAGGAACCAGCGGGCAUGGAUUGCUUCGCUGACGACCGAGAUGCGCUCAACGAUUUCGCCAAGUAUUACAAUAAUGCCCAUCUCAGCGAUGUCAACGUCAUCGUUGGGGACGAAAAUUUUGCUGCCCAUCGUCUCAUCUUGGCGAAGAAUAGUGAGUUUCACGGUGAAAUUGUUCAAAAUUUUAUCGAUCUAAAGGUGUUUCCAGCGUUCCUUCGAUUUCUCUACUGUAAUCAUGUGGUGCUACAUCAAGAUAACUGUCUACCGAUACUCAUACUAGCGGACAAGUAUAACGUGAUCAGCUUGAAAAAGGUCUGCAUCGAUUUCGCUAUAUCUGAGAUCCUUCCCAGUCUAAUGUUGAAGGAUGUAUUCAGUAUAUGGUUCUCGUAUGCAACAAAAGCCUAUCAUCAGCUGCUGAUUAGGGCAUGCAUCCAAACGAUCGCUCGGGACUUUGAACUGCUUAUCACCGAGGAAUGGGAGAAGAGUUGGUUGGCGUUGGAUCGUGACCAAAUGAUCGAGAUUCUCAAAUGCAAUCAGCUUGUGGUCGCCAACGAGUACCGUUUAUGGGAGGCGGUGAUGCGAUGGCUGCAAGCACCAAAUCAUCCGGAACGACGAGGCACAACAGCCAGCCCUUUAUUGAGCUCAUUGCUGCCCUAUAUCCGAUUUCCAUUCAUGACCGCGGACGAGUUGACACAUGUUGAGCGCUCACAGUUUGCCGAAUGCUAUCCGAAGCUGUUUCAUCCGCAGAUAUUGCUAGCCUAUAAAUUUCAAGCACUUCCUCUUUCAAGCAGAGUCAAUUGCAAGGAGUUCCUGACGACGCAGUUUCUGCUGCGCAACUACACCGAUAUACGAUGGGACAAGCGGAUAUCAAUCUCGAACGAACAACUGUAUCAGAGGGCUGCCUCAUGCGUCAUGCACAUUAUACGCACACGUUCUUGCACCUUUCCGCUGCAAACAUGGCAAUGGACUCUGAAAUUGGGCGGUUCAUCGUAUUCGAAUGCUGUCGACGAUGUCCUUAAAGCCUAUCUAAUCUCGGAAGAUAUCGAUCAGCCAAGAUCAAUCGAGUACAUGCUGUCGAUUGUCGAUGAAAAGCGCGUGUUAAGAUCGUUCUCGAGCAAGAAGAACUUCACAAAAACUAGGUUUGCGAAAAGUUUAUUUUACAUUUUGGUUCGAGUUACACCAUAUUUCUUCAUAAAGAUGAUACUGGUGACCUAA